GUAAGAUUAUUAUAUUAUUUAGAAUUUAUAGAAUUAUUAUUAUUUAAUAAUCUUGUACACCUUAAUUGUAGGAUUGUACACCUAGUGUCCAGAUAAGUGGUGUGAAAAUCAACGGUUGUAAAAAAGAUGUUACUACAAAAAGCUAUACAACACUCUUUAAUAGCGGUGGUGUUCCCCCUACCCGUCCCGUUACUGUGUUUAAUGGUCUACCAUAUGCUAAGCCACCGGUCGGUGAUCUGAGAUUUCGAAAGCCAGUGGCAGCUGACUAUUCAAAGGUACAGCCCUUCACUGCCAGGAAUGUGGGCACCGCCUGCUUUAAUGGGGAGGACUGUCUAUACCUAAACGUAAUGACCCCGACAUUAGACAAGACCAAAAACCUACCG